GUCAGUGCGCCAUCCAAUCUCGCUCCAUCACAGAGAGGCUCGCAGGCGCAUAGUCGGCUGCCAGUAAACGCGGAUAAAGGUGAUAAAAGGCGCUGUAGCUUUCUUCCUUGCCUUUUGCCGUCUCGUUUGCCUCAGAAAUAAGCCGUGUAGUUCUGCACCAAUUGAGACCCCUCGGGCGUCCUCCAGAAAAGAGAAGGAAAAAACUCGAAUUACACCGUGAUGGAUAUGUACAACACUACUGCGGCCUGGCUGCAAAGUUCACAGAAUGUUCACGGCGUAUCUCAUGCUCAACUCUCAGAUGGCCGACCGUCGCCAUCCACCAGUUGGAAGGAGGACACGACGGGUAGUGACGGAACCGAGGUUGGGACGUCGGCAAGUGGUCAGGCAGGCAUCGAUAUGAACGAUUUUGGAAUAGACCUGAAUGCCGUCCCAUCCACCUCAACAGCCAUGUCUCCAACUUCUCAGGCUUUCUACAGCCAUCCUUACUCCCAACAUAAUUACUUUAUGCCCGGACCCUUCAACGCCAUGCCAUAUGGUUCUAUGCAAUGGGCGAAUCAGUCACUUCCUCUAUCAAAUUACUCUUCCCUUGACGGUGCAACGUCCGCAGCGCCGUCCUCUCAAUCAUCUUCUGCCCCCACACAACAUUCUCCCCCUCAGUCGAUGAUGAUAGAUCCCUCCUUGGCGACUAUAAAUGGCUCCGAUACAGGUCGACAACAACUCUCUCAUUCUCCCAAUCCAUCCGCUCAGUCUUCGCAACCUAGUCAGUCACGACCAUAUCCCACGUAUCAGCAUCAUCCAUUAUCCAUAAAUCCAUCUUAUGUUCUUCCAUCACAUUUUUACUCGGCCCAGUCACAGCAAGCAUCACAAUCACAAGGCACACUUUCACCACAUGUUCUGCACGCGUCAUCUCCAACGAACAACACCACACAAUCUCUUUAUUCACCAUCCACCCUCUCAGCCUCGACAUCGUCAGCUGCUGAUACUCAGGCUCGAAAAGACAAAUUCCUACAGGACAUUAAGCCCCUGUUACAGCCCAAAUCGUUUACUGGCGCAGGCGCUGUCAGCUCACUUGUAGGCAUUAUCGAUGACUUUGGCUCACAGGAUGUCGACGCUUCCACGCGUAUGGACAUCUUGACCAAGAUACGAGAUAAUGCGGGCAAUCAUUACUUUCGUGCCUGGUCGGAGAACGAGGAUGCGGUGGAUAUAACUAAGGAGUGGCUGAAGGCAGGUCUCACCGCGACGCAAGACAAUGGGUUGGUGGAGACGAUCAUGCCACUAUUACACAUUGUGGACAGGAUGCCUCUAACUGUCAAUGCCCUCAAGAUAUCGAAGCUCGGAAAGAUUGUUGUCAAACUCGUCAAAGAGCCACCAGCGCCUGCAAUCAAGGAUAUGGCCUCCAAUCUCGAACGAAAAUGGCGACAGCUGGUUGACGCCGCUAGAGCGGAGUCAGAUUCUCAGGAUGAUACGUCCAAGAAACGGAAGCUUGCCGAAUCGCCAUCAAGCAAAGCCCUUCCGCCUGCGAAGAAGGCCGCCGUGGGGUCGACGGCAGUGAAGCCUACCGUAGUCAAAAAGGAGGCCAAAUCUACUAGCACUGGGGUGAAGGAUGCCCGAUCGGACUCAUCUUUCUUUUCGGCGCCCAAGCCUAAACCCAAGCUUCCCAGCUUCAAGAAGGCGCCGGCAGAAGCAAAGAAGGAGCCAACAGAUAACAUUGCGCAGCCGUCAUCAUUUGAUCCCUUCCAGGAGGCGCUCAAGUCGAUGGCGAAGGCCCGCAAGGAUUCGCCCGUAGUUUCCACUCCGCCGCCGACGUCGGCCAGUGUAACGCCUGUCUCAAAUACAAAUCCUGGCAAAGGGAAGAAGAACAAAUCUGUGUCGUGGGCACCGGAUUCCCAACUAGUCGCGGUUAAAUUUAUUGAGCGCGCAGUCUAUGAGGAUGACCCGAUGGAUGGUGUCCACCAUGCACAUUCGCUUCGGGAUUUGGACAGAGGAGAAGGUGCAGCACUGCAUGUUCCGCUCUUCGAGGAGAUCAUCGACUGGUCGGAACCAAUAUUGAUCGAGCGUCCUGAGUUCCUGAGUACUCUCCCGGAACCCGGUUCGCUGAGCGAGGAGAAGGCGGCACAGGAGACGCGAGAGCAGACAGCGCUCAAUGCACUGUACAUGACUGCAGCGCAGAUCCCGGACUCGCCCGGCGAGCCGGCAUCGGUAGUAGCCGAUAACGAGAUGGACCAGGAACUAAAGCAGAUGACUGUGGGUGAAGAGAACGACAACGUCUUCUGGAGUAGUGAAAACUCGCCACCACCAAACGUCGCGUCGGUUGCUGAGCUCGUAGGCCAGCUUACAGCUGGUAAUACUGGCCAGAUGAUGAAUAAUGGUGGAAAUGACGUUUCAGCGACGCUGCAGUCGCUCGGACUCGACACAAAUUUGCUCUCGCAGUUGGCAUCGAUGCCGUCGGUACAGUCAACACCACCCACAGACCAAAUGUCACAACUGCUGCAACAGGCACAAGCUAUGGUCGGACAGGGGCAGGGUGGGGCUGCACUGCCACCUUACACCGGAGACGACCAAAAUUGGAAUGCCGGCAACUAUGGCUCGGAGUAUGGCCAAACACGGCAACCGUCAGACGCCGGCGACUUAGGCGGCUCCCGCGGCGGACGUUGGGAGUGGCGAGGGCGAGGUCGGGGAAGGGGUCGUGGGCGGGGCGAUGGUCCGUAUAGACAAAGUCAUAAACGAACACCAUGCAGUUUUUAUGCAGAAGGAAGGUGCAAGUAUGGCGACCAAUGCGACUUUAGCCAUGAAGCAGUAUAUUAACACACUAUACCUAAUGUCGACAGUAAUAGUGACUCCUACGUAUCGCGAUCGGUUAUUGGAUCAUAUUUCAAAGUGUAGUAUUUCCACGACUCGGAGCUCAGAUAUCAGGCUGGUACAGCAGUGGCCGGGUAUGCAUGCGUCGUUGUGGGAGGCUAUAGGUGCACAAAAGCGAGCAGCUUCCGACUGUACAAGCGCGGCGAUCCAGACAGCUAUAAAUACAACAGAUGCAACGAAAUAGGUAGGAUGGCCUGCAUGGACGCGGCCCUCGCGCGAGGGGGCUCUUAUAGAUAGCAGAUAGUAGACCCAGACGCUGCGCGCAAAAUAGUAGAAUAUAGUACAUCCUGUAUGUGCAACAAAUGCGAUAGCAAAUAAACAAAUCGUCCCCACUACACGCGGCGUGCCAGAGGACCGAAUCGGUCAAACCCCACACCCAAGGGGCAAGCAAAGUACAUCCGCGACCUCCCAACGGAAAGCCAGCUUGAAGGUACUACCCCCCGCCCGGCCGACGUCGCCGCGUCAUCCUUUUCGAUGCUGGUUCGCCGCUUGAACCAGACGGGGAACCUAUGUCUUGUUUCCGUUUGAGAGUGGCAUGACUCAUGGAAGGUGUGAUAUUUACCCCUUGUUGUUGCGCAGGCGUGCCUGCCGAAGGGGGGUUCGUCGACGGUGGUGGUGGAGGCGCAUUGAUAUUGUUCAGUGGGAUAGGCGGCUUCUGAUCUAUGGCCAUGGACGGAGAUUUAGAGGGGCCGAGAUGCGGAGGCCCUAAGCUGGAUGGCGACGAGAGCCCUUGAUGGAGCGUAAUGGCGGGUGAAGGGGAGACACCAUUCAUGCCGUUCGCCAUGAACCCCCCAGAUCCUGGUGGUCCACCGUUCAUUCCUAAACUUGCCAUCACCUGCGAGUUUUCGCGGAUUCGGCCCGCGUACCUCUUCAAGGCUUCGAUCGGACCCAGCGAGGAGUCCUUCGAAAAAUUUAUCAGAUCUCGCAUGGCGCCAACGCUUUCCGCAAGCUCCAAACAGCGCAUUGUGGCCUGGGGAAUGCCAAAUGCGUUGACAGGUUCUCCAGGCAUCGACCCAUGCUCGAUCAAUAUCCGUGGUUCCUCCCAAUUCUUGUCCACGUCUCCAUUCAUCACCGUCGAGGUUCCAUUUGGACUCGGUGUCGGAGCAGCUCCUAUCCGAGGUGUACGCGGGUUCGUAACCCGCUGGCCCAUAACUGCGUCCAGUGCGAUGAACUUGUCGUGAUGCGUCGCAUCAAACUGGAGGUGCUCAAACUUGAGCGAUAGCUGGCCGUUUGCGGAUGGUGUGACGAUGAUAUGGGCGGUGAGAGGUCCACGGAGCAUGACCGUGUACCCACUCGCAUAUUUGUAUGUCCAGACAGCGGCGACACAUUCAAUGAUUGCAUGGUGGCUGGCGACAAGUCGUUCGCGUGCUCCGUCAAGUGACAGUGUCAUUGACUUCACGCCUGAUUGGGUCGUCACGAGGAAGAACCGCGACAGGAUCGGCAUACCUAUCUCAAAUGGCUUGGCCUCUGCUCGUUGACUAUCUUUCCAAAGCGUGAGUUUCAUCAAAGCAGAUGGCAUGAAGUAUUCUUUGAUGAGUUGGUCCCAGUAAGACAUUUGCUGUUUUGUGUGAGUCUCGCUUGAAAGUACCCCGCUGAACUGCAGCAACCGAACCAGACCCUGCCCAAAGCCGAGUGCCUGUUGUCGAUGCUGUAGUUGUUGUGGAGGUUGUGGUUGCUGGGAAAGACUCUGUGGUGAUGUGGAUGCACUGGCGUUGCUCGGAGGGUUUAUUGGACCUGAAUUGGCGGUGGGAGGGCGAGGUGCGAUCUGCGGCUGGGAUGGCUGGCCAGGGAGACGCGCAGGCAGAAGCGAUCCUGGCGGAUUAUUAGGCGGUAGCUGUGAUGUGGAUCCACGGGGUGUGUGCGAAGGACCUGCCACCGACGGUGGACGGCCGGUCUGCGACUGUGGUCUCUGGGGACCAGUCAUGGCCACAUCAGCUGGGCGAGGCGACGCUCGAGCCUGCGCAGGUGCCUGACGUUCUGUAAGUGGGUUUCCAUGGUGCGACGCAGGGCGCGGCGGGCCCUGCUGACCGCCCAUGUUGAAGACAAACGGCGGUCCCGACCCUGGUCCGUCGGCACCGGCGCCGCCCGAGGGCUGCUGCUGCAUGGGAUUUAGUUGUUGCGAUGGGUUGAAGUGGAAGCCACCCGCGCCUAUCCCGUUGGGUCGUGUCGUGUUAUCGCCUAUAUCUAUGCUCUCGCUAGAGAAAGGGAAGGGCGCUACGGCACCUGUAGGGGGUAUUCGAGAGUUUGCAGGAACGCCAACAUUAGGGUGGGAGUGAUUCUGUUGAGGUAUUGGCAUGUUGAACAUGUCGUUCGGCAUCGAUGAGCGAUUCGGAGGCGAAGAAGAUAGGGAAGGGUUCGAAUGUGAUUGAGGGAAGCCAUUGGGUGUUGAUGGUUGUCCGCCAGUUCCGGAUGGAGGCUGAUGCAGGCUGCCCAUGACCUGCUGGUUAUGACCCGAGGGGUUCGGACGGAUUGAUGUUGGCGGUUGACCUGGAAUGGCAGGGGGUUGGUUGCGUAGUGGAAGACCAACGUCGGAAGGGGGCAUAGCGCCUUGCACAUUUCCUGGCCCAAAGCGCAUCUGCUGACUGUUACGAAAUGCCGCCAUAGGAUGUUGGUUGGGAUUGCCAUUGAGGUUAAUGCUGGCUGGGUUCAUGGCUUGACCGGGAUGCAUGCCCCCAUGGGCUUGAUUGAGACCCUGAGGAUGCGAAGCAGUGCGGCGAAUGGUGGGUCCUCCUUGCAUGGCUGGGUUCUGAGGGCCCAUCAUGCCAAUGUUACUCGGAAAACCCGCCAUGUUCCCAGCCAUGUUCAGGCUGCGCAUCUGACCGCCCUGCGCGCCAGGGGGACCGUUGUUUAGUUGCUGUUGUAUGUGGGGUGGAGGAUUUCCUGGCUGCUGGCCCGGGUUCAUGCGCUGCUGUCCCAUAAUCUGCAUCAACGCGGCGUUGUUGUUAUUGGGGUUUUGACCCUGCUGAGCGCCAAGACCGGCUGGAAUAGGGCCCAUUGGGUUCGGUUGACCAGACUGGUUGGGCAGGAAGUGGCCGGGACCAGGGCCUGUACUCAUGGACAUCUGACCAAGCUGAGGCAUGGAUGGUUGUUGACGAAGCAUUUCCGGAUGCGGACGACCGUUCACGUUCAUAGGUGGUUGACGGCGCCGGUGGCGGGGGUGGGCCGUGCUACUAGAGGCCUGUCGAGUAGGCAGACGAGGGUAGCAGAGACGAGAAAGGUCAGAAAGGCUGGAGGGAGGGAGGAAAGAAGGAAAGGGGAUUGUUUGUGUGCGGGGGCUGUCGCGCGAGGACGAGUUGUUUGGGAGAGAUUGGCCCGGGGAGUGACAAGAUGUCGGCAGCGAUGAUCGAGGGCCGGUACAGUACGCGCACUGCCCUCUUCACACGAGAAGCCUUUUACGUCGGAGAAACGCAGCAACAGUCGAGUCUAGAUAUGUCAGAUACUGUGCUGGCUGAUGCACGACGUGCAACGCAGGACGAGAACGAGGACGAAGACGAGGGGGAGGCUCUCUGCGG